GUCAGGGAGGGGACGAGAGGGGCAGGAAGAAGAGGGAGAAGGACAUGAGGGACAAGCUCGAGGAUUGGAUGAUUGAGGAGAGCUUGCAGGCUGCCAAUACUUUCGGUAAUCGACAGAUCGCCUGGGAGGGCUAUUGCAAGUCCCCUGCAAAGGUGCUCGACAUG